AAUAGAAUUCAUUCUUUCUUUAUUGUUGAUCAUAAUAAUAAUAAUUCUAUAACAACAAUUAUGAUGACUAUCCUUGUGAUUGCGGUUAUUAUGUUGGUGAUCUUAGGAUACAAUAACUGGGAGAAAUGCCAUCAUUGUUACAACAGCAAACCACUGUCAUAUAAUUCGAAUGAUGGACGAUUAUUAAAAGUUAAUCAACGAAGAUGGAAGCCGAAUCCAAUUAGUGAUUCAACAUACAACAAACGAGUAAUUGUAUUCACCCUGAUCUUGGUGGUAAUUACCACGACCAUUGUGUUAACUGGUAAUUACUAUUAUCAAUUUAUAUUGACUUUUGCGACAAGAGUCCUGUUCAUCGUAAUUUUCGGCACCUUGGCCAUUAUACUUGUCUUCUUCCUUCUCUUCGUCGAUGCAACACAGAAUAAACCAUACCUUGGAUUCAUUUUCCUAUGUUAUUAUGCGAUAUUUUUAGCUCUUAUUUUAUACAUACUCGCGUUGUAUGUAGACAUGUAUAUCGUCGUAAUUGUCUGGUUUGUUGGCCCUCUUGUAUGCGCUGUCGGGUUGCUUUUGGCAUACAUAAUCAAGACCGAUUUGACAAAAACUUUAGACGGUUAUUUUGGAUUCUUCCUGAUGGUGUAUUUUACAGGAAUAAUUCUAGCUGGGAUAUUUUUCUAUCGGCGUCAAGAGGCUGAGGGAUAUCUUCUCAUGGGAAUUUCAUCAAUUAUACUCCUUAUCUCUGUAAGUUGAUUAUUCAGAGAAUUUGCUUCGAAGAAUAUUUGUAGAUUUGCAAACCGAAGGUAUUUAGAUCGAAAUGUGUGAUAACAUCGUUGUUCCCAUAAUUUCCUUUCGGUAAACAAGCAUUAGUGGAUGACAUGAGCAGAUCGCGUGCAUUCAUGUCGACUAGAAGUAUAAACACUCACUGUUCAUCACCGCUGCUUAUGCUUUCACUAGGCAGAUAAGAGGUUAUGACCUGAAUAUUUUUGAUUUCCAAAGGGAAUACUAGUGGAUAUUCUCCAAUAAUCUACAAACAAGAAAUCUGAUGUGAAAAUGCGGAUGACGAUCAAAGUGAAAAUAUUUUGCUUUGAACUUGGAUAACCAUUUGAUGUGUUUUCAAAUGUCCCAAUGGUAGCAAAACACAUUAAGAUGUAAUAAUAGCCGUGAUAAUAAGUGGCGAGAUUAGAUUGGUUUGCAGUCAAGAAUUUCAUAGGUAAAAAAUACGUACUAAUAGUCAAGUGAAAUAUAUAUCAAACAAGCUGUGAUUACAACUGUGUCACCGAAAAUCAAACAAGCUUCCCACUGGUAUUUCAACGACAGAAGAUCGCUGCUAUAAGUUAAUCUUGAAUUCAUUCAAAUGAAAUCACACUGGUGAGACACUAAUUUAUUCUCAGAAGUCUACCACCAUUCAAGCGUAUAAUGAAAUAUUAAGAAGAGGAAUCAACUACUAACAAGCACCAAUAAUAAUAAUAAAUAAGUCGAAAGACAGUGUAGAUGUGUUGGUGCCAUAAUAAACGUAAUACAGAGUAAAGUAGCAAUAACUACACAGUCAGCUGAACCAUUGAAACAAGCACAAACAUUGUAAAUAUGUUGUUCAUGUUGUACUUUUCGAUUAAUUAUUCCACCUUAAUGCAUAUUCUUUUGUAAAUGAGGAACUUUUGUGAUAACUGCAUUAUUCUGGUCGAUUCACAGUUGGUGAGUCAGGAUCUUAGUUGCUUCUCACACUCGUUUGAAGAGUUUUAGAUAUCUGACGAGUGCAAAUAUACGUUUAACUCAAUAAUCAAACUAAACAUACACAAUGCUUGAAAGCAACAACUGUCAUUAAAUUUUGCUUGUCGUUAACUGAUAUUCAUUUCUUUCCACUUACAGUUGACAACUAUUAUUGGACAGAUUGUUUUCAAACAAGGUUAUCUGAGUCUACGUGAUAAGUGGCCGUUGAGUGUGUUACUACUGAUUACAUUAAUCGAUGUCAUGUGUGCGAUGUUACUGUCAGAAUACUAUUUGAUCCAGGUAAUACGUGGAGAUUUACACACUCCAUCAGAUGAUGACAAUAACAAAAAUAUGUACGAAAACACAAAUAUUGGAAUAUUGAAGUAAUUCUUAGUGUUUUAUUUACAUUUGCCAUGUGUAUAUGGAUUUUGAUAUAUCCCAGUGUAAAUUUAGUGGGAUUGAUCUGGGGAAUGAUCUAACAACUGACAUUGAUAGACUGUAAAUUUGUUUAAGUUUGGAAUAUCUCAAUGACGUGUAUCGAAUAUAGUUGUUUUCAAAUCGAAGGUACCAAUUCGACGUUUAUAUGAGAUUAGCUUGACCACUGAACAAGGAGAAUAGAGCCCACUGGUUGGAUGAUGUGAGGGCUUUCGUGGUGGACUUUUCCAUCAGUAACACGAAAUAACAGUGGAUUGAUGUAGUUCUUCAAGUGAUUAUUCAACAUAUCUCCAUUGAUGACAAGAACUGCAUAGUUACAUAUUUAUCGGUGAAAAGUUAUGUAUACUUUGCCAGCACAAAUCAAAGUUACAUUAAGUAAAUCAAAAUUUACUUGUCCAAGGGUAGUUGGAUAUUUCGAAUAAUUUAGUUGAAAAAGAAUAAAUGAUUUAAAAUCAUACUAUGGAUAUUUCGUUCGUUCAUAGAAACUGUUCAUUAAAAUUGAUGUGUUCAAUUCAUUCAUGCUCUAUCUUCAUUGUUGAAGUAAUCGUUUUGGAGAAGAGUAUUCGGUGC